CGAAAUCACUUCUCGCCGGCCUCGUCUCAGAAAGGCCUCCUUGUCGCGAUUUCGCGAGGCCGUCUUCGCGAUCCGGAGCCGUCCUCGGCGUUAUCCCUCUUCGAGUGAGUUUCCACGUCCGGAGACGACUCAGCUGCGCCAGGGUGCAGCGGAAAGAGCCUAUCGUUCAGUUAGAAGGUCCGCGUCUUUUCACGAAAACCCAAGGACCAGGAUAGUUUACGAGUGGAGGUGGAACUGCGUAUAAAGUGAACUCAUUCUAUCGGAACUUUUGUCCGCAAGUUUUCUCCCCUGACGCUUGCGGGGCUUCGCAGCCCCAUUUCGAUUCGCGGCCGCCGCGGCGGAGUGAAAUUGGUGAACAGAAUCUGAGGAGGAAGAGAAGGGGGGGAGGGGAGGGAGGAAAGAGCAAGAGGAUAAGAAAGUUAAAUUGUUUAUUAUGCGCUAGAAUUGAGACGAACUUUCCGUCCGAGGCGAUUUCUUUAGUAGAAGAUAAUUGACGAUAAUCCCCGUAGCGACAAAUGCAAAUCGAACGGACGUCAUACGCGACGGGGCCGUCUAAAAUAUAUAUCUAUUCUGCGAAUACAUUAAAAAUUUUAAAUUAAAAAUAUUGUAGAGCGUAGGAGCGUCGCGGGACUAAGAGUUCCGUUUUGCGGAAACCCUUUGCACGCGAUCGUGUAACGCAGGCAAUGCAUUUCUUCAUGUUUGUUUCUCUCAUGAUCUGUAAUCAUCCGUAUAAUUACAAUCACUACUGUUUGCUAAUUACCGGAUGUUACUUUUGUCGUAACGUCGUUCAUUAGAUCAAACAGGCAUUUAAUAACAACGAUGUUUUUGAAUGACAUGAGCGUUCGUGUUCGCGAAGAGAAUGUUCUACAAGCUCUCUACACUAGAUUCUACACUAGGCAGCAAACUUUACUUUAUCUGCGUUUACCAUAUAUUAUCAGUUGAUUAUAUUAUCAGUGUUUAGGUCGAGAAUCCUUAAAACAGGAAAUUAUUUUUUAACAGGCGCAUCCACGACACCUUCUUGGCGGAUCAUUAACUUCGUGACUUUCUAAAUAACAGUUUCCUAACAUCAGUUGAAAAUGUCGGACGUUGAUGGCGAUGACGAGUUUCAAGAUGCUCAGGAAUCAUUACCACAACUCGCGUCUAUGGAUUUGGAUACAGCGAUAAUGGAAGCGAAAAAGGCGAUUCACUGUUUUUUUAACAACGAUUUUGAUGAGGCGAAAAAGAUCAUGGAGCCAUGGGCGGACAGCAGCAUGUACCAUUCGCUGGGGACUAGCGUAUUUGCGUUUUUAGAGGCGAUCCUUACAUUUGAACAAAAACACAUAGAAAAGGCGUCGGAAAUGUUAAAGCAGUGUAUGAACGUGUGCUCCAAACACCGAAAGCAUACCACUAUUACGCAGAACAUCGGAAAAAUAGUCAAGAGGAUUAACUAUGACACUUACACGAAUGAGGAAGUGCAUGCGGAACUCUGUUAUGCCGAGUCGCUCCUUUUAAAAUCGAUGCUCACGUUUGUGGAGGACGAGACUCUGGUCAGCUUUGUCAAGGCAGGACUGAAAAUUCGUACCUGUUUUCUAUCGUACAAGGAAUGUAUGACGAUCUUGAAAAGCCGGAAGUGGGGAAAUGAUAUUCACAAAGUGCAUUUUGAAAGCGGCGUUCGCAUGGGUAUUGGCGCAUUCAAUUUGAUGAUCUCACUAUUACCGGCGCGUGUUAUUAAAUUGUUAGAAUUUAUUGGAUUUUCUGGUGAUAAGGAAUACGGUCUAACGGAAUUGAAAGAGGGCUUCAACGAGAGGAGAGGCUUGCGGCAAGUCCUGUGUGUGAUGAUUCUGUGUGUGAUGAUUCUGCUAGCCUACAAUUUGAUAGUCACCUUUGUACUGAGUCACUCAGAUGGUGAUCUGGUCUGGUGUGAACAGGUGUUGGAACAAGAGUUGAGCGUCUAUCCGAACGGCGUAUGGUUCCUGUUCUUCAAGGGAAGAUUGGAACUUACGCGAGGUAACUUUGAAGAAUGCAUAGAUUGGUAUAUAAAGUCAUGGAAGAGUCAGAACGUUUGGCCACAAUUCCAUCAUCUCUGUUAUUGGGAAAUGAUGUGGACGCACUGCAUUAUGCAGCAGUGGAGCAAGGCUGCUACGUACGCCACGUUGCUAGUAAACGAGUCCAAUUGGUCGCGUACCGUUUACGUAUAUCAGAAGGCCGCGAUUUUGAUUAUGCAGAAACCAUCGCUCUGGAGCGAGGAGAAACAGAUGGUCGACAAUCUGAUGAUGCAGGCGCCGACCUACAAGCAGCGCAUCGCUGGCAAAUCAUUGCCGAUGGAAAAGUUUGUGAUCAAAAAGGCAGAGCGUUACUUUACACAAAAGAAGAGCCUAGUUGUUCCUAUAUUUGAGCUUAUGUAUGUGUGGAAUCUGUUCAGGAUAAUAGGCAAACGGCAAGACGUGAUAUUAAAUAUAUUCAAGAGGAUAGAAGAGGAGGAGAGGGAACUCAAAAAAGCCUCGAAAAGUGAUUAUGACACGGAUAAUGAAGCACUCCUGUUGCUACUGAAAGGUGCCUGUCUACGACAAAUGCAGCAUCCUUUACUGGCGGAAGAAUGUCUGCGGCGCGUUUUACAAUUGGAAAAGUCCAUCAAGGAGGAUACGUAUUUACUUCCUUAUGCUACUGUGGAAUUGGCGUUAUUGGCACGAGAUCAAGGCGAUAUUCAGUUAGCUAUAGGCUUUUUGGAAGAUGCCAAAAAAAACUACACGGGCUACUUAUUAGAAUCUAGAUUGCACUUCAGAAUACAUUCGGAUUUGAUGGUACUAACCGACAAGAAAAUCAACAAUCACACGAUGAAGAAGCACGAUCAUCAGCUACAAACGGCUAUUACUGCCAAUAAUAGCGUCAUUAUCGCGGGUCCAAGUGCCGACGAAAUUAAGACAUAGGAACGUCGUAAAGCUUAUCGGAGAUCUACUUAUCCUAACUUACAUAGAUACCUUCCUAAUAUCGUCCUUUUGUAUUUUCCUAUGUCAUAUUGUACAUAUGACGAGGACUCUUUUUGCGAAAACGGACCGGACGAUUUUUUUUAUAACUUCUCUUUAUGAAAUAUCUUUAAUGGCCUUGUCUGUAACUUUCGUCUGGUUUCGUUUUCUGUAGAGUCCAAGGAUUUCACUAGAUCUCUGUCGAAGAUUAGGCACAUUUUUUAGCGCUUGAUAUUAAUGUAUAAAUUAUUUUCUUUAACGAGAAGAUUGGUGAGAUAGUAAUAUAUAAAAAUAAUAUUUUGUAGCGACUAUAAUGUUGAUACAUAUAAAUUAUGUCUUGUGCGGAAAAAAUAAGAAUGUAAGGCUCUUGUGAAAUUUUACAAGGAUCAGCAUUUUGUAGCGAUUAGUUACCUAAUAUACAUAAAAUGGAUUAUUAUGUACAUAAAUUAUUUCCUUUACAGAAGAUCGGCAACGUUCCAAUGUGAUCUGUGAUUGUUCUAUUGUAAUUGAUGAAAGAUUAUUAUAAAUAAUCUUGUUAUGAGUCUGUAAAUACAUGAACGCGGUCGGAGAUUGUGUGAACGAAAAAAUAAAAUGGAAUCAGAGUAAUAUUA